AUGGCGGCACAGACAAGGCAAGAGUUGCGAGAUUUCCUACGCAGCUACGACACAAAUGACUCGGGCAGUUUCGAUCGUGAUCGGUGGCUUCAUCUUUGCACCAGCGCGACUAUCAACCUACCGCAAGAGAGUGCCGCCGAUCUCUUUGAUCGACUGGAUACAGACAAGGAUGGUCUCGUCACCAUAGAUGAACUAUUGAAGAGUCUCAGUGAAUGGCAGAAAGCCACUAGUUCGGGCAUUGACGAUGCAUGGGAGGAAGGAUCCGGUAGACCAGUUGAUUUGGGCCGAUUUGCCGAACCCAGAACGAGGAGGCCACCUCUGCGUGUUGAAAACCGCCUUGGUAGUUUUUACACGUCAUCUCCCACAGAUACGGACAAAGAGUUUGGAAAAAGUGUAGUAGAGGCUACUAGACUGAGCAAGACUAUCAGUGACUCCUAUCCCGAAUUGGCGGCUUCCUUCAAUCAUCUGCUUGAGUCCUUCAAGAACGAUAUAAUGGCCAAGAAGUCUGAAAAUGCGGAUUUGGAACAAAGCUACCAAAGGGAAAAACAGGCUAGGAAGGAUGAUUUACGGAGAUUGGAAGCUGAACUUGACUCCCAAAUCCAAACGAUCGAGGCGAGACUACGGGAAGAACUAAGCAAAAAGUACGAGGCUGCAUACGCGGAGAAGGUGCGACAAAAAGAGCUGGAGACUCAAAGAUUCCGAGAAACUGUCAACGAAUUAAAGGAGCAAGUUCAAACUAACCACCGAAAGCAGUCCAGUAUCAGUGGACUGCGUUCUCUAAACCCUAUGACUCCUGGAGAUGACAGUGUUUUCGGUGGAAGGAAAGUCUUGAAAGGGAAGUCCCAGGAAUCGGUGGAGGAGAGUAACCUUAUUGAGGCGGAGCUUCAACGUGAGGCUAAGGACCUGCGCAAAAAACUGGUCGAGGCUCAAAAGCAGCUAAGGGAAAGUGAAGCUGAACUAACUCAACUGCGCGCCACUGUGGAAACACAGUCUUCGCAAUUGCAUAUCGAAAAGAUGAAGUCUUCAUCGUACAUUGAAGAAAAAGAUAUCCUCUAUGGCCAAAUCCAAAAACUCAGGGACGCUCUUCACGAAGUACAGAGCAAACAUGCAUUGUAUCUGCAAGGUGAAUUCUUGGAGAGGGCUCCGGAUCUCCAAGGUCCACCAUGGCAAAGAGACAGUGGUCAAUGGUCUGGUUCGAAUGAAUACAGCGACAGACCCUUUACCAAUAUGGAUCCGGAAAUGGGUAGUGUCACGAACUGGUCAAAUGUUGACGGCUUCCAAGCGCCAGAUCGUAUCUUCCGUGUUGUGAUGGUGGGUGAAUCGUCUGUGGGAAAAACUUGCUUCAUGUACCGUUUCUGCACUGGAGACUUCUACUACAAUGCCCGUGCUACAGUUGGUGUGGACUUCAAGACGAAGAAUAUGGCGAUAGACGGAAACGUGUAUACGAUCGAGAUUUGGGAUACUGCUGGACAGGAAAAAUACCACAGUUUGGCGAGACAAUACUUCAGGAAAUGCGAUGGCGCUAUACUCAUGUACGACGUUUCCAGUCGAGCUUCCUUCACCGGGGUCAGAGAAUGGGUCAACAUGCUGGAAGUGAGCGAACAUGUGAUUUAUCUCAAGGAAAGCUGUGGAGAAACAUUUAUACCACGUAUAUUGGUAGGCAACAAAACAGAUCUUCGUGACGGCCCAGAAAAUUCUGCAAAACCACCAGCUUCUGCCUUCAUUUCCACAAGAGAGGGUGAAUAUCUUGCAAGGUCGGAUACAUUUCAGACCUACAAAGCGGACUUCAUCGAAACAAGUGUACUCAAUAGCAUCAACAUCGAUGAAGUUAUCGUCAGCUUGGCCAGAGCAAUGAAGUACCGAAACGACUGCCAGAGCAGUGGCAUCCGCAUCACGAAGAAGUCGAAGAUUAAGCUUCCCGACUGUUGCAUUCAAACGUAG